AUGUCGUCCAAGAAUCUUACUCGCAAACGGUCGCCACAUGAUUUUGUGUUCAAGCAGGAACUGGGUCAUGGAUCGUAUUCAACUGUGUACAAGGUUUUCGAUAAACACAGUGUGAACCAUGUUUACGCUAUCAAGGUGUGCUCAAAAGCGCACAUCAUCAAGGAAAAUAAAGUCAAGUACGUUACGAUAGAGAAGAACACUCUGAAUUUGCUGGCCAGGGCGUGCCAUCCCGGAAUUGUGAGGCUGUAUUACACGUUUCAUGACGAAGAAAACCUGUACUUUGUGCUAGAUUAUGCGUCUGGGGGUGAGUUACUCCAGUUGUUGCAUAAAAUGGGCAGGUUCAGCGAGUCGUGGUCGUUGCAUUUUAGCUGUCAAUUGAUUGAUACUAUAGAGUUUAUCCAUUCGAAGGGUAUUAUCCACAGAGAUCUCAAGCCUGAAAAUGUACUGCUCAAUAGGUUUGGGAGGUUAAUGAUUACAGAUUUUGGUACUGCAGCAACUCCGUUGAAUCAACAAAAACAAGAAGAUGAUCAAAACGAAAGCCCGAGAUGCUCCUCUUUCGUAGGUACAGCGGAAUACGUUUCUCCUGAGCUUUUGCUAUCCAAUCAAUGUGAUUUUGCUUCAGAUAUAUGGGCCUUGGGCUGUAUAAUAUUUCAGUUCAUCAUGGGAGUGCCUCCGUUUAGAGGAAAAAAUGAACUACAAACGUUCGAAAAAAUUGCUAGCUUGGACUAUUUAUGGAAUAAUCAGCACUACUCUUCAAAUAAAAUAGACCCAGUGAUCAUAAAGCUCGUUCAAAAAAUUUUGGUAUUGAACCCACAGGAGAGAUUAACGCUAACUAACAUGAAAAAAGAUGAAUGGUUCGAUAAGGUUGACUGGAACAAUAAAGAUCACAUUUGGAGAGGCAUUUGGCAAGUUUCAGAACCGGCAUAUGGAUCCAGCAAUGGGGUCGGUAACGGUAUCAACAAUGGUAUAAGCAGCGGUUCGACUAAUGGCUCAACAGGUGGGUUCCCGCCAAGACAGAACCUGAUUUCUAAUAAACCGCUUCAUGUUAUUGAUACGCCAAUUAGGAGUAUACCAAUAACAAAGCAGAAAAAGAAAAAGCCAACAAAAGUAUCAAACACAACUAGUAGCAUAGUAGAAUGGAGGAAAAAAUUGGGAAUUUCAUUGCAACAAGCUCAAGUGCCAUCGUCUGUUCCCAUUAAUAACUCAAAAUUAGUUGUACCGUCUCCUCCACUGGUACCACAACCGACCUCGACCUAUCUGCGGCCAGCUGUAUCACCUCGACUAAUGCCAUCAUCUACUACCCCAUCCCCCUCUGUGAAACGAUCAACAUCUCAGCCAUCACUCUCAAAGGCAGCUCCUUCCCACGACGAUUUAUAUCGACCGGCAUCAUCCCCCGAUGAUCCAAACAUUACUGAUCAUAAUAGCAACAGUCAUAACAAUAAUAUCACUGUUAAUACCACCACCAACAAUAAUUAUAAUGAUAUUCACAGACCGAAAACUAUGGUGUUAAAGCAAGAUUAUGUUAAUAUUUUUGAGAUUCCAUUCAAGCCUGAUGGUCCUCCAAUGUCAUUAGAGAGUUAUAGCAAAAUCAACAAUGAUAUUAUAACCGAAUUAGUUUCGAAAUUUAGGCCUGAAUUAAAGUCAUUCUCAAAAUCACCAGUAUUAUCAACGCUUUUUAAAGAUGGAACAUUAUCGUACAAAAAUGAUGGAUUCUCGAAGCAUAUGGUAAACGUUGGGGAUCCAGAUUUAUCAAUGUAUGAUUUUGAAUUUUAUGAACAAAAAAAUGACGGCUUCUUAAUUUUGGAAAAAUAUAAAUACAAAAUAUGGUUCAUUUCGUUACCAACAAUACCGGUGACCAAUGGAUUAGGUCCAAUUGUAAAUUCGGAUGAAAACUGGGUAGAUUGUUUCUUCAGGGCUAGACAAAUAAUGGAUGAACAUAAAACAGUGAUAAACAAACUUAAGAAUGUUCAUUUAGAUGAACCAUUUAUGGCACUUCCAUCUCCAAUUGAAAGUCGCCCUUCAAGUUCCAAUGUAAACGACAGCAUCAAGGAAAGUGCAGCAAUUUCAAGAAAGACACAAAUUUCCGACAAAAGUGUAAAUACCAAAACUAGUACUUUUACAGAAUCAACUUCACAAGUAGUAAGGAACGUUUCAUCACCGCCAUCUUUUGGCAAUGGUGUAAAGCGUAAUGGACAAAAAAAUUCACCUUUAACGUUGCAACCUCCUUUAUCGUCGCCUGCAAUGGUCAAUCAAUCAAAAAAAAUGGGUUACAGGUCGCCGUCUUCACCAAUAUACGUUAGAUCACCAACGCUGAGUCCACAAUCACAAUCGAUGAAAAAGUAUGCAGUGCCAAAUAAUAUGGUUAUUAGUAGUAGUCGUUAUGAGGUUUUGAACGCAUUAAAGCAAAACUCGGGCACUAAUGUCGCUAGCAGUGGAGCAUCAGCAGCAUUUAAAAAUUUACAAAAAAAGAAAAUGAAUCAGCAUAAAUAA